CCUCGACUGCUCCCUGAUUGACGAGAUGUUGUGGCCCGCCCCUUGGUGGGUGCCUUGCUUGGGCUCCGACUUCGGUCCCCAGAAGCCAUGCUCACGUCAUCGUCCUCCUCCAGCUCCGACACAUCAGACCCCAUGUCAAACUGUCGAGUUAGCAGUGCUAGCGCCCGCCGAGCGAAGCAAAAGGUUUUCGGCGCGGCGAAGCCUGCUCAGGCGUCGAACUCACUAGCUUCUGGCGAGCUCGGCUGGCCGUCGCUCGCUUCGUCGAACCCUUCGUCGUCGACGUCGUCGCUGCGGCCUUACCCCUAGCUCCUCGUCCACCCCUUGGUGGCGGGACGUCCUCUUCCGACUCCUCGAGCCUAAAAGUAGAGUUAGCCCAUCAACGAUACCUGCCAUGAAACGAGGUCGACGUACAUGCUAUCCUCAGCUUCGGCGAGUCAGCG